AUGGAGGAACGAAUUUAUAAGCGUCAAGUGACAAAGGAGUCCACCUCGAUGAGAGUGGUAGAUGAAGCUCAAAUUCAACGUCACUACGACGGUCACGAUCUUGAAGAGCUUUAUAUCUCAAUGUCGGCAACCGAAACGGUUGUGGAAAUGCUCAACAGUCAGAUGAACAAUGACGACUCAUCGACCUAUUUAGAAGAAGAAAGAAGUCGAGAGGUAGAAAAUGGUGACAGUCGUUCAAACUCGGUGCCUUGGAUAGAAGAGGGUUCUAUUCACUGUGAGGAGUUGUUGCCUUCAUCCGAUGUAGUUAUGGAGGAGGAUGCAGGAAAUGACGUAGAAGUGGCAAGUGAUGAGAUAGUUAGUGGUUUAUUAGCUCUCGAAAACAUCCUGAAUCGCCAACUCAAAGGAAUAGGCAAGGUUCGAAGGCGUAUAGAGACAGCAAGGCGUCUCACUGGAGUUGAAGGUCACGGCUUACGAUAUCUUGUAAGGCGAAACGUUGAAGCAAUUGAUGCACUGGAUAAACAUCGUGCGGAAUAUGAUCAGAAAUUUUCUUCACUUGUUGGGCACUGGAAAUCAGUUGGAUACCACCAAUCUAGCAGUUACGCAAUAGAUCCUUUAUCUAAAGGCGGUGAAACUCGAACGGCUCCUGAAAGUCAAGAGGAUGACGACAUAGUGGUGUUGGACGAAAUAAGUAAAUCGCCUCUCAGUGAAUCUGUGCGCUCUAAUUGUGGAAGUGAAAUGGAUGUCUUGGAAGCUCUUAAUGGAGGAAACUGUGAGGCGUCGACGUCUGCUGGAAAUGGAAUGACAUUGCUAGGAAUGUUAAACGAGGAGAGGCUUGCUUUCGAAAAAGAGGAGGACAGACCCAGCAAAUGCUCGUCUGCUAUGGAAAGUAGCGUUCCUCGUAGUGUGUGCAAUAACGAAACGCUUGAUACCAGUGGCAGUUCACAUAUGGAGACCGCUGCCUCUGCUAAUCGCACUGAUAAUGAUGGUGUAGCUGGCGAUGAUGGGAUUAACGAAACGGAAACGCUUCAACAGCAGUCAAUGCAAGUAGUCGUUGAAAGUGUUGACGAGACGGACGUACGUGUUCUGAAUACGGGUGAAAUCCUUUUCCGCGGAGUUUCUCUUGAUAAAGGUGCAGCAAAAAGCAGCUCUUCAAGGACCUCGCGUAAGAAAGCGAAAAUGGCUGUUGCUGAUGAAGAAACCGCCAAUAAAGAAGAGGAGAAGUCUGACGAUGACAUCAGUGAUGUUGUUAGUGACGAGGAUCUUGAAAUGCAGGAGAUGAUAAGGCAGGAGAAGCGUAAGAAAGCCGGAAAACCACCGAAAAAGGAAAAGCAGAUGCGUUCAUCGAAAAAACGAAAAGCUAAAGAUGGCAGCGAUGACGAAGAAGAUGAUGCUGACCGCCUUCUUCGUAUGGCUGACGCAGCGCUCAAUGAGGAGAUAGGCGAUAUUUCUGAAGAAGACGGCGAUGAUGCUAGCGUCGUCUCCGAAGUUGAGGACAACGCGAAUGGCAUUGUUACUGGAAAGUCUCAACGCAAAACUAGGAGUGCUAAGAGUGCUGUGAGCAAGCCCAAUGGUAGUGCGUUUUUGAAAAGGUUGGAAUCGAAGAAGCCAAAUAGUGAAGAGAAGUCAACCAAAGAAAGAAAAAAGCCAUAUAAAGAAGAGGGGAAUCAGGCCAGGUCUGAUGAGGAUGACGAGGAUGACGCCCCACGAACCAGAAUCUCAAAGAAGGAGAAGGAGCUCGCUAAACUGGUUUCUUCUGCACAGAAGCUCCUAGAGUCUUCUUCUAGUGAUGAGGAAAAGUCUUCAGCCAGUAAUGAUGUCCCUGUGAAGAAAGGAAAUCAGCCGAAGAGGAAGAGACGUCGAGUCGUAGCUUCUGACUCGGAUGCAAGUGUAGGAGAGCCGUCUGAUUCGGAUGAGGAUGUGAAGCCGGAAGACGAUGAUGACGAAGAUGAGAUUAUUAUUGCGAAGCCGAAAUCUAAAAGAAAGAAGGCUAUGACGGAGGAUUCUGACGACAGUGAUGAAUCGGUCAAGAAGGAAAAAGGUGGCAAAGGGAGUCGAGCGCCAAAGACGAUUAUGGGUAAGGACAAGCUGCAGCAGGAGACAUUGGAGGCGGAGAAGGCUGAAAAGGAACGACGGAAACGUUUGGAGCAGAAACAGAAAGAGUUCAAUGGAAUCGAACUGGUUGAAGGUGUUGAUAUCGCAGCAGCGCUUGUGGGCGCCAACAAAACCGUGCAAAAACUCAAGUCUGUAGUCGUGGAUCCCGAUAAAAAUGGUGACCCUCCAAUCCCGGUCUCUGUGCACCCUUCACUGGUGCGCGUGUUGAAGCCUCAUCAAGCCCAGGGUAUUCAGUUCAUGUAUGACAGUGCCUUUGAGUCCACCGAUAGAUUGGAGGAACCAGGCGGUGGAGGUAUACUCGCUCAUUGCAUGGGUCUGGGAAAAACUUUACAGGUCAUUGCUUUUCUCCACACUGUAAUGAUGCAUCCUAAAUUGCGAAAUUAUGCAAGAAGAGUUUUGAUAGUUGUCCCGAAGAAUGUGGUGAUAAACUGGUAUAAAGAGUUUCAAAAAUGGCUAGACGACAAUGAUCCCGAUCUUGCUUCCAUUGAGAUUCUCGAAUUAGAUUCGUUUAAAACUUACAAUGACAGACACGCAGCACUUGAGAACUGGUAUAAUUGUGAAGUUCCCUCUGUGAUGAUAAUAGGUUAUGAUAUGUUUCGUAUACUCACACAUGACGAAGAUGAGGCUAAAAAGAAGCGUGGACAACCAAGAAAACAACCAUCUAAACGUAAUAAACGGCUCCUGAAAUUGCAGCAGCAGUUUAGAGAGUAUCUACAAGAUCCAGGUCCCGAUUUGAUCGUAUGUGAUGAAGCUCAUAAAUUGAAGAAUGACGAAUCUGCUUUGUCGAAGACAAUGGUGAAAAUUCGCACUCGGCGGCGGAUUUGUCUUACCGGGACUCCGCUUCAGAAUAAUUUAAUGGAGUAUCAUUGCAUGGUGAAUUUUGUGAAACCCGGCUUACUGGGUACGAAGACAGAAUUUGCUAAUCGUUUUUCAAAUAUUAUCAUGCGUGGUCGGGUCAAAGAUGCAACUCCCCUGGAAGUGAAGUUCAUGAAAAGACGAUGCCACGUUCUUUUCGAGCAUCUUAAAAAAUGCGUCGAUCGCAAGGAUUAUCGAGUUCUGAUGGAAGCAAUUCCACCAAAGCAGGAGUAUGUAAUAAAUGUUCGACUAACUCCACGGCAGUGCCAACUGUACAGAGCCUUUCUGGAAGGUGUGGCAAGCGACGGCGCUCGAUUAUCCAAGAGACUUCUCCCGGAUUAUCAUGUGCUCUCGCGUAUAUGGACACAUCCAUACAUGCUUAUUCUUCACGAACAGAAGCAGGAGAGAGAGCGCAUGUUACGCGAAGAGUAUUCGGAGGAGGAAAAAUUUAUUGACGACGACGAGUCAUGUAAUGAUUCUGAAUCGGAUGAAGACGACGACGAUGAUGUGAUUGUAACUAAAUCGUCCAAGAAGAAGAAGGGAGGAAGAGCUCAGGCUGAUGAAAGUGACAGCGAUGUGGUCGUUCUCUCAUCUGAUGAGGAGUCUCCGUCAGUCUCCAACCAGGUGAAUAGCACAAGGAAAUCGAAGCGCUUAAUUGGAGAAGAUCCAGAAAUGGAAGGUCGUGAUGUCGAGACUCCACCGGAAUACAGUGGAUGGUUCGCUCAGUCUGGUCUUGUUUCUCCAGCUGACAGGGACAAUUAUAAGCUUAGUAACAAACUUGUUCUCCUUGAACAAGUUCUGAAGAAGUGCGAAGAAAUUGGAGAUAAGCUACUGGUCUUCUCUCAGUCACUUGAGUCAUUAUCUCUGAUAAAGCGAAUGUUGGAGUAUCUCGACCAAACAGGGCAGUGGUUUUCCGAUGGUCAUGAUGCAGUGAAAGCCGAUGGCGAAAAGUGGGGUUGGAAAGAGGGCAAAGAUUACAUGGUUAUCGACGGGUCUGUGCAGUCCGGCAAGAGGGAUUCCGUGCAAGUGAAAUUCAACAAUCCUGCAAAUUUGCGUGCU